AUGCAAAGCCCAAUAAGAUGUUCUAGUUGCCGUGGUGUCUCUUUCGAGAGCAAUAAAGUUCAUUCUGAUCCUUUUGCAAUGAAAAGUAUAUCAUUCGCAGAAGAAGUAGCUCGAGGCAACAGCAUGUCAAGGCACCUAAGUUCAUUACAAAGAUCACUAAGCAAAGCCAGUAGCCAUUACUGUGAUCUCGUACUCGACGUAGAUGACGAUGAAGAAGAGAGUGAAGUUGAAGAUCUCGAGAUGCAGACCAUGCAAAAACAGCCAGUACUCAUCCAUGAACAGCAACCAAAAAAAGUUAAUAAAGCUCGAAAGCAAGGAUCGAGAUUAUCAAUCAUAUUGCUCGAUCAAGGGUUGUUUACAGUCUACAAACGACUCUUUAUCGUUUGCUUAGCUUUGAACAUCACCACUUUGGUUCUUGCAGCCACUGGAAACUUCCCAUAUGGAAGGAAAAGAGCUACCCUAUUUUCCAUAGCUAACAUUCUAGCUUUGACACUUUGUCGAAGCGAGGCUUUCUUGAGAAUAGUGUUCUGGUUUGCAGUGAAAGCCUUGGGCCAUUCAUGGGUUCCUUUGUCUGUCAAGACUGCUACCACAUCUCUUCUCCAAAGUCUUGGUGGAGUUCACAGCGGUUGUGGAGUUUCAUCUAUUGCUUGGCUCGUAUACGCCUUGGUUCUCACUCUCAACGACAGCCAAAACACUUCGCCCGAAAUCGUAGGCGUGGCCGCAGCCAUACUCGGCCUCCUCUUCCUCUGCUCCUUGGCAGCCUUCCCACUAGUCCGUCAUCUUCAUCACAACGUGUUCGAGAGAGCACACCGGUUCGCCGGGUGGACAGCGCUCGGUCUCCUCUGGGCCUUUAUUGUCCUCACUAUCUCAUACGACGCAGACACUAAAUCAUACCACACAACCAAUCUCUUCUCCAACUUGAUUAAACAACAAGAGUUCUGGCUCACAAUCACCAUCACGGCACUCAUCAUCUUCCCCUGGCUAACAACUAGACGCGUACCGGUAACGAUCUCUGCUCCAUCAGGCCACGCCUCCAUAAUCAAGUUCCAAGGAGGUGUCAAGGCAGGGCUGCUAGGCAGAAUAAGCCCGUCGCCCUUGUCCGAGUGGCACGCCUUCGGAAUCAUUUCAGAUGGGAAUAAAGACCACAUGAUGCUCGCCGGAGCAGUCGGGGACUUCACAAAGUCACUCGUUUCGAACCCUCCGAGCCACUUGUGGGUGCGACAAGUGCAUUUUGCUGGACUUCCUUACCUAGUGAACAUGUACGAGAGGGUUUUGGUGGUUGCUACGGGUUCGGGAAUUUGCGUAUUCUUGUCGUUUCUUCUUCAGCCGAGUGCAGCGGAGGUUCGGUUCAUUUGGGUGGCCAAGGGAAUUGAGCAGAACUUUGGGAAAGAGAUCAAGGAUAUGGUGAGUGGGUAUCCGAAGGACAAGGUUACAGUGCAUGACACUGGCGUAUUAGGGCGGUCCAAUGUGUCGGAGAUGAGUGUCGAAGCGGCCAAGGAGUGGGGAGCUCAGGUGGUCAUUGUGACAAGCAAUCCGGAGGGAAGUAGGGAUGUUGUUUCUGCUUGUAAGGCUGCUGGAAUUCCUGCCUUUGGUCCCAUAUGGGACUCCUAA